AUGGGUGUAAAUGAAGCCGCCAGACAAUUUGGAAUACCUAAAACAACGCUAAAAGAUAGGAUUAAGAAGGGGGACGCAAUAAAACAACACAGAUUAGGUCCGUCAUCAGCGUUGGGAGAAGAUGCAGAACUAAAAUUAGUGCGACACAUAAAAAAUUGCAAACAUUUGGAUUUGCACCAGAUCGGGAGUCCGUCAGAAUAUGGGCUUUUCAACUUGCAGAAAAAUUAA